CUCAAUUUCCUUCCUAAGCCCUUGCCUCGGGCUUAGCGAGUCGUUUGUCGUCGUAGUCGUCGCUCGCUGAUGACGAACGGCGCCUGCAGAAGCGUGUGUGGAGCCUCGGUGGGUGGGGUCUUCCUCUUCUGCUCUGUCCGCUCCAAGGUGCCUGUGAAGUACAAGGCGGGCUAGAGAGCCAGGAUGAUGGGGGGCAAGACCAGCGCUAUCGCCGCGGGCCUUUGCGGGGCUCUCUUUAUCGGCUACUGCAUCUACUUCGACCGCAAGAGGAGAAGCGACCCCAAUUUCAAGAACCGACUUCGAGAACGACGGAAGAAGCAGAAGCUUGCCAAAGAAAGAGCAGGACUUUCAAAGUUGCCUGAUCUCAAAGAUGCUGAAGCAGUUCAAAAGUUCUUCCUUGAAGAGAUACAGCUGGGCGAGGAACUACUAGCACAAGGAGAAUAUGAAAAGGGGGUUGAUCACUUGACAAAUGCUAUUGCUGUGUGUGGACAGCCACAGCAGUUACUACAAGUUCUGCAACAGACUCUUCCACCGCCAGUAUUCCAGAUGCUUCUUACUAAACUCCCAACAAUUAGCCAGAGAAUUGUAAGUGCACAGUGCUUGGCUGAAGAUGAUGUGGAAUGAGACUUUCAGCUGGAAAAAGUGUUUCUUUCGCCCAAAAGAUGGGCAUCAUUGGGGUUGGGGGAGGGCAACGAAGAGCAGGGUAAAGGAGUAAACAUAGUUGUCAUAAUGGACUGUAUACCACAUUUAAACCUACCAAAGUUAAUUUUAACUUUGAGUAGGUUGAUUUGGCUGGACUUUAUUUAUUAUCUAGUGCAAAUUGUAUUUUGAUAAAUUCAUUUUAUAAAUACACCAUGUUGAGUUACAAAAAGUAUCAUUAAUGUCAUUUAUUACUAAUACAGUUGCAACCUUGUACAUAUAAAGAUGUAUAACUACAACGUAAAAUACCCUGUGCUCAUUUUUGAAAAACACACAGCGAAGGCAUUAAAGGCUUAUCUGUGCU